AGAAAGCUCGGCACAUUCUUCUCAGACAAGACACUCUCGGAUGUCAUCGUCAAAUUCGGCGACCAGGAGAUCUUUGCUCACCGACUUAUCCUUGUGAAGAGUUCCAUCUGGUUUGAGAAAGCACUGCUUGGGGAGUUCAAGGCAAUGAUCGAUAUUGGCGGCGACGACGAUCCGGCCGCCGUGACUGCUAUGCUGAGAUUCUUCUAUGACGGCACUUAUCGCCUGGACGGACUUGAUGGCGACUCCGCUGACCAGCACCUGACCAUGUAUCGACUCGGCGACCUCUACGAUGCUCCCGAGCUACGCAAGACGGCCUCUUUCCAUUUUAUCAACUCUUUCAGAGACGACCACUACGGCUCGAGCGAUCCCAAUCAGUAUCACUUUCCAGAUCACAUCGUUCGGUCGAUUCAGCAAAUCAUCGGACCAAGUGCAGACACGUUCGCCGACAACAGUAUUCAGGGAGAUGUAUUCAAGUUCAUAAUCGAACAAGCAAGCCACUUGUACAAAAGUGAGCUCUUCCAGGAGCUGUUGGGCGACGGAACCAUGUUCAGCGACUCGUUCAGCCGCCACUUUCUUCAGAAAACUGGCGAGCUCAUCACCCGUUUG